AUGGAUCAAUAUACUCCUGGCACUGUUGUUUAUGCUAAACUUAAAGGCUAUCCUUGGUGGCCUGCACGUAUUGAAUUAGAGGCAAGUUUGCCGUCGACGGUAGUUACCAAAAAACCAAAAGGUCCUAGACCAGUUUGGGGCGUAAGAUUCUUUGGGUCGAGAGACUAUGGUUGGUUCGGUAAAAAUGAUUUGAAGCCUUUUGAUAAUAAUGCGGCGUUAGAACUUCUCGAAAAGCUAAAAGGCAAAAAACGAGAUAAACCUCUUGAAAAAGCUAUUCGAGAGGCACUCAAUCCCAGUUCCCUUGACGAACCGGAAAAAAAGGAUGACGAAAAAGAUGAUGAUACUGAAAAAGGGUCACCUGAAGACCGCGCGAAUGAAGAGGAAGAAACUCAUAAAAAAAUGCCCGAUAAAGCUUCUGAAAAUAACGGCAUCACGUCCACAAUCACUUCAAAAAAAUCGAGUUCUCGCGAUAAAUCACGCAAAAAUCCACAAAAGCAAGAGAAAGUUGCAGGCGAACGACGAAAAUCCGCGAGCUCAAAAUCUUCAAGGUCAAAACCUAAAACUGCUGAUGCUGCUCACCCAUCUUCAGAUGGAGGAACGAUAAAAAACGCUUCUCGAAGCGAAGCCUCGGGAUCAUCCAAUAAUUCCGAGUUAGGCUCGGCUACAGCUGACGGAGACGACGAGCGACUUGCUAAAAAUCACGAUGGCUCACACGAAAAGUCGAAACGAGAUAAUGACGCGAAUACGACUUCUAAAACUAAGCCUGUCAAGGCUGAAACUCCAAGCGCUAAGUUGUUGCACCUCCGACAUAAACUCCAAAAAUUAACACUCAAAGAGCAUAUUGAGGAUAUGGGAAAAAUCGAUGCUCUCUUUACCGAAGUUGAAAAAUUCGAUAUAAACAUUGAAUUGCUCAAGGAAAGCAAAAUAGGAAAACUCAUGAAAAAGAUCCAUUCACUUCAUUUAGAAGAUGACCGCCACAACAUUAAAUAUCGAAGCGGAGAGUUAAUAAAAAAAUGGAAGAUUUUAUUAACAAGUUUGCCACCUGCAACAACAGCAUCAGCAAACUCUGUUUCGAAUGCAGCCGUGGAAAAUUCAACUAAUAAUUCAUCAGUAACACACAAAAUUAAUGAUGAAUCUCCUCAAACAAGCAGAGAGCAACAAUCAAUAGAACAACCAUCUACGACAAUAGAUGAAUCGCUCCGAACAUCAACUCUUGAAAGUGAUAAUAAAGAGCAACAAGAACAACCCCCAAUGGAAGAUGAAUCUCUCCUAAAUACACCUCUUGAUAAUAAUAACAAAGCACAACCUCCUACUCCACCCGAAGAAAGUUCUUUGAUUAAUAAACAACCACAGCAACAACAGGAAGUACAAACAAUUACUACUGCUAUAGUCAAAGAUAUCAUUACUGAAAUCAAUCAAGAUGAUCAACCAAUGGAAGAGGACAGCGAGCAUAAUGACAAUAAUGGAAUUGAUCCAAUGGAAGGCGUUGUUUUGUCUGCUAGCACGACUAAUAAUGACGAAAAGCCCUAA